AUGAAGUUUUGUACGGAGUUUGUGCAAACCGAAAGAAUGAAGAUUAAUCGCUUUUACGGCAAACUGAAGGCGGAAUUCAGGGAAUUCAUCACUCCCUUGAAAUGUGAAACCCUUGAUGAGCUUAUUAAUCUGGCGCGGGAUAGAGAAAUAGAAAUCAAGAGGCAAGAAGAACGUGGUGAAAAGAGACCAAAUGAAAAGAGUGGAAGUUCGACUCCGAAUAAAAAGGGGAAGUAUCAAGAGCAAGGAAGAAAGGAUAAGUCGAAGAGUGGUAUCACGCCUUGCAAGACUUGUGGAAAACUACAUACGGGGGAAUGCUUGUUAGGCAAAAAGGGAUGCUAUAAAUGUGGUAAAGAAGGGCAUUCGUCUUAUCAAUGUCCAACUAGCCCGAAGACUUGCUUCAAUUGUUUCGAAAAGGGGCAUAUCAAAUCUGAAUGCCCAAAACUUCAACAAGAGUCGAGAAAAGAAGAUAAGAAGCAAGAAGGUUCUAGGCCAAGGGGAGAAUGUUCCAAAUUACAUCCGAAGAAGCCAAGUCUCACCCGAAUGUGA